AUGAUGAAUAGGUUUCUUCAGAGCUCCCGACUACGUUUUGCCAUAUAUAACCCAUCUAAGGUACGAUCCAUUACAACAUUGAGUUUUAAUGACUUGAAAGAUCCAAAAGUUUUUAGUAAAUCUGAAAUCAAGAACAUACAAAGUUAUUGGGUGGAUCAAGGCAAUCCCUAUGCAGAAAGGAGCAGUUCACUUCUCGUCAACUGCAGCGUUUCAGAGUUGUCGAAGUAUUUAUCCAGGUUUAGUCAUCGUUCAUUUUUAGUGAGAGAGCUUUAUCGAAGAGAGCUAAUAUAUAACUCACAAGAGAACCCAGAAAUUUGUCAAGAACUUAUCAGAAAUAUCACCAAAAACAGCCCUGUCAAAUUAGAAACAUGUAAUGAUAUUUUAGCAUUCAUUGUACAAGAUUCUAUUCGGACAAAUGAUGUGGUUAUGGCAGUUAGGUUAUUUUUGUUAUUUCAUAAAUUGAAUCCAAGUAAAGCAGUAGAUGGUUCAAUUAUACAGGUACUGUUCUCUGCAUUAGCUGUGAAAGAGCCUGGUGACGAUUCUAAAAGCAUUAGGGUUUGCAUGAAUAUUUUAAACGAUUUGAAUAACUAUGACAUUGAUUUCAAAUUGAAAACCGGCACAGUGGUUAGAUUGAUAGAUAAAGUAUUAAAUCUUAAAGACAAUAUUUUAGGAAAGGCAUUUGCCGAAAAGUUUAUAGAAUCGAAUUUCUUCCGGUCUUUAAGUAAUGAUGGUAAACUGGAGGUAUUAUAUUGUAUGAUCGAAAACGGGUAUAAUAAUAAAAAUGAUUCACAGGUGGUAAUUAAUUGGUUCCGCGCAAAGAAAUAUUGUGACCAGUUUUCCUCGCUAAAAGUGGAUAUAAUACACAUGUUGCUGAAGUUAGCGAACAAGGAAAAUGGCUAUUCAUAUAUCGGUAAUGACAUAAUUGAGAAUCUGGAACCACGAUAUUAUUGUAACUCUCGAUUGCUGUUACCGGAGAUAAUAAAGUUUGUAACCCGAACAGCCGAUUUAAAGAAAAUACAAACAUUGCUGAAUAUAAUUGAGCAAAAUAUAUCUGCAUCUAAUUACAACACCGUUUGGUUAUCAAAAGAUAAUCUUUGUGCGUUAUUGAAGAUGUACUUGGAUUUUGGGGAUUCACAAGGUGUAGAUAAUACAUUGAAACACAUAAGUGAUACAUAUGGUAGGAUUGAGGCAAUAAAUCAUGAGGUUUUAAUUUCACACUUAUUGGAAGAAGGAGGUCUUUCUAAGGUAAAGAAAGCUAUCUCUCUUUUGUUUUCUUUAGAAGGAAAUAGUUUCCUGAUAUGUGCACCAAAACUAUUGAGCUAUCUGUUACAGAGUGAUCAGCUAGCACAUGAAGCGGUAGUGCCAAACAGGCAUUUGUUGGUUAAUGAGAUUGUAGAAAAAGCAGAAAUAUAUGAUCGGGAAUAUAGAACUAACUUUUGGGACCAUCUGGUAGAGCUUUAUUUUUUAAAACUCCUCGAGAGUGGUGAUUCUGGAAAUGGAGAUAUUAGAAAAUCUUUGCUGCUUGCUAAACUUAUCUUCAUCAAUUCUGUCAAUAGUAAGACCAGUCCAACUUACAACCCUUUUUCAGAGACCAGCCCAGAUAUGCUUGUUGUUCGAUUGAAACAAGCAAACAUGGUAGAAGUUUUGAAACGCAUUGCACAGGUUUCAUUCCGUACCGGAAAUGAAGAUAUACUUCAAUGGUCAUGCGCGCAGCUUUUUGGAGAGGGUUUUACAACAUCCGAGGUAAUCGUCGGCAUUGUUUCCUCUAAAAUUGAAAAUGGCAUAUCUAACACUCCAAAAACUUAUGAGCAGUUCUGGAACAUGAUAGACAACGAAAUGCAAGCGCCAAGGCUAUAUGAGAUUUUAAAGUAA